UUAGAAUAAACUUGCAUUUAAUAAAUAUUCAUUAACCUUCUCUUCUUCUUCUUCUUCUCUCUCUCCUCAUUAUCCGAAUACGCCCAAUCGAAUCAUUUUCAACCCGACGGGUCGUAAAAUUCCAAAAGAUUCAAUCAUACUGCGUCCUCUAGAUUCUCGGCGCCGGUUUAGUUCGUCGGAGUAAAAAUGGCUCAGUCUACGGCGAGGAGCGGGCGGGUUGUUGGUGACUACUUGGUGGGUCGGCAAAUCGGGUCGGGUUCGUUCUCUGAGGUUUGGGAGGCGAGGCACCGUGUUCACGGCACCGUCGUCGCUAUCAAGGAGAUCGCCAUGAGCCGCCUUAACAAGAAGCUACAAGAUAGUCUCAUGUCUGAGAUAUAUAUCUUGAAGAGGAUCAAUCAUCCCAACAUCAUCCGUUUGCUCGACAUGAUUGAGUCUCCUGGGAAAAUACAUGUGGUGUUGGAGUAUUGCAAAGGAGGUGAUCUGUCUGUGUAUAUCCAGAAUCAUGGAAGUGUCCCUGAAGCUACUGCUAAGCAUUUCAUGCUGCAGUUAGCGGCUGGCUUACAAGUUCUUCGUGACAAUAAUAUUAUUCACCGUGAUUUAAAGCCUCAGAAUCUUCUUCUAUCCACAGAUGAAAACGAUGCGGAUCUGAAGAUUGCUGAUUUUGGAUUUGCAAGAUCGUUGCAACCUAGGGGACUUGCAGAAACAUUAUGCGGCUCACCAUUGUAUAUGGCCCCAGAGAUUAUGCAACUUCAGAAGUAUGAUGCAAAGGCAGAUCUCUGGAGUGUUGGUGCUAUCUUAUUUCAACUUGUGACAGGCAGAACCCCUUUUACAGGAAACAGCCAGAUUCAGUUGCUCCAAAACAUUAUGAGAUCAACUGGUUUACAUUUUCCACCGGCCUGUAGAGAUUUAAGUUUGGACUGCAUAGAUCUGUGUCAGAAGUUAUUGCGACGUAAUCCAGUGGAACGUUUGACAUUUGAAGAAUUCUUUAAUCACCCUUUUCUUUCGGACAGGCAGUCAUAUGACUUCUCAAGGAGUAGAUUGGGCUCAAGAACAAUGGACGAUUUUCUUUCUUCUGGAAGCAGUCCCUCGAGAAACAUGGAAGAAAGUUCUCAAGAAGACUGUUUGCCAUUCCUACUAGAUGAUGAUUCUAGUGGACCUGAGGGGAGCCCUUCACAUUUGAAAAGGACGCCCUCAAUAAAGUCGUCCCCUGGAUUUAACAUUGAUGCCAGAGUUGAGAGAAAGGAGGCGGAAUCUAGUCCUUUGAAAUGUACAGAACUUACUUCCAGAUAUAGUAGAAUCAACCAUGGAGCGGAAAACAAUAGAUUUGGAUAUGAAACUCACAUAAAUUCAGAUAGGAGAAACCAUCGUGAACUUACAAGAGUGACUGAUUCCAGAUCACUUAUUCCUAAGGGAAGAGUAGAUGAAUCUCAAGACUCAAUGGAUCAAGACUACGUUAUCGUAUCUGGACCACCAGUGGAUUUGCCAUCAUCUUCAUCGAGUUCUUCGAAGCCUUAUAACUUCCCAUUCAAGUCUCAGUCUCCUCCUGUCGAGUUAUUCAACCGGAAGCAUAACUUCAACGGCUCUUAUGCCAAUAAUUGGGUGGCUACUGGGUUUGGAGGAAGCCCUAGCCAAGACAUUAACAGACUAAGAAGUAACAGCCUGAAACACGAUACCGAUCUUAGCCAUGAUGGAUCGGAGGAGAUAUCCUCUCAGAUUCAGAGGCAGUUUAUCCAGGAGAUUGAGCUUGCUGAAGAACUUGCAAAGAAUAUCGAACCUGGAAAUACAAAAAUGCCUGAUGCAAUGGAGACGAUAUUUGAAGCCGCCCUUGAUCUUGGAAAACUUGGGGGCGUUAAGGAGGUUAUGGGAGAGAUUGAGAACGCUGGUAACCAAUAUUCGAAAGCGGUGCGUUUGCUGGUAUUCCUUCUAGUAGAAGCACCAAUGCUGAUUCUGAAUCCACCAUUGUCUCUCACAAACUCAGUCAGGUAUCGUCUACGAACGUAUAUCGAUAUUCUCAGCAGAAGAUUAAAACAUCUGCAAUCUCUUAGAAGAAGUUCAGUUGCUCAGAUGCAAGGAUCAUCAUUAGCCAUGAUGAACAAACAACCAUAACCAUUUACUUUGUUUGGGAGCUCUUGUUUCUUCAUUUGUUUUUUUUUCCCUUAAAAUAAGAGAAAAAUGUAACUAUUUGUACAGGAAAUCAUGUAUUCUUAUUCUUUUGGGGAUCUGGAGGGACUUUGGGGGAUAUGAUGUGUGUGUGAUAGAUGUUGUACGUUUUCUUUGUUCUAUCUUGAUCCUAAUCCUUUAUUCUUUUCCAUAUGUUUUGAUAUCAAAAUUGUUAUGAUGAUACAUUGAUUCUUGGA